AUGGUUGGACUUUACUCCGUGGCCGUGCUGCUCUGCGCCGGUGGUGCUCUCGCUGGUGUCAAUUAUCCGGUGAUUCCAAAAGAUCUGACUACUCCGUUCCAACAGCGAUUGGCAGUGUACGGGUCUAAUACUGUGUCCGUUGGAUGGAACACAUACCAGCAACUGAGCCAACCCUGUGUUCAAUAUGGCUUAUCGGCAGACAAGUUGGACACAAAGGCAUGCUCUUCUUCUUCAACUACCUACUCAACCUCGCGGACCUGGUCGAACGUGGCCAUCCUGACCGGUCUGACACCCGCAACAACCUACUACUACAAGAUCGAAUCAACAAACUCCACAGUCGAUCACUUCCUUAGCCCUCGCACACCAGGCGACAAAACAGCAUUCAACAUGGACGUCGUGAUUGAUCUAGGCGUCUACGGAAAAGACGGUUUCACAACCUCCAGCAAAAAGAAGGAUACCAUCCCAGUGAUUGAACCAGAAUUAAAUCAUACUACCAUCGGCCACCUCGCCGAAACAGUAGAUGACUACGAGCUAGUCAUCCAUCCCGGUGACUUCGCCUACGCAGAUGACUGGUAUCUGAAGUUCUCCAACAUCCUCAACGGCAAAGAAGCCUACGAAUCCAUCCUAGAGCAAUUUUACGACCAGCUCGCUCCGAUCGCAGGCCGCAAGCUAUACAUGGCCAGCCCCGGUAACCACGAAGCAGACUGCAGCGAGAUCCCAUACUUGAACAAUCUAUGCCCAAAGGGACAAAACAACUUCACCGACUUCCUGCAUCGCUUCGAAAAUACCAUGCCUCACUCAUUCGCUUCGUCGUCGUCCAAUACUACAGCGCAAGCUCUAGCGCGCAAAGCCCGCAGUCUCUCGAACCCACCGUUCUGGUAUUCGUUUGAAUAUGGUAUGGCGCAUAUCGUGAUGAUCAACACGGAAACCGAUUUCCCCAAUGCCCCCGAUGGGACGGAUGGAUCUGCCAAAUUGAAUGGCGGACCCUUCGGUGCUCCGCAUCAGCAAAUCGAGUUCUUGAAGGCCGAUCUUGCUUCGGUUGAUCGUACGGUUACGCCGUGGGUCAUUGUUGCCGGCCACAGACCGUGGUACUCGACCGGUUCAUCUAGCGGUUGCGAUUCGUGCCAGGAAGCUUUUGAAGGACUAUUCUACCAGUACGGUGUUGAUCUCGGUGUUUUUGGCCAUGUGCAUAAUUCUCAACGGUUCCUUCCUGUUGUGAACGGUACUGCUGAUCCUAACGGUAUGAAGGACCCGAAGGCACCGAUGUAUAUUGUUGCCGGUGGAGCAGGCAAUAUCGAGGGGUUGAGUGAUGUGGGCACCAAGCCGGCUUACACGGAGUUUGCAUAUGCGGACGACUAUAGCUACAGCACACUCAAGUUCUUGGAUGAGCAGAACUUGCAAGUCGACUUCAUCAGGUCUUCCACUGGAGAAGUUCUGGAUUCCAGCACUCUGUACAAGAAGCACGCGACGCAAUUCGUUCAACAGUGA